CCGGGCUCUGCCCGCACCAGCCCCCGGGCCGGAGCCCCCCGGGCUGCAGAAGGACGUCCAUGUUUUGCUCCAGCUCAUCGGAUCCUCCCAUGACACAGGGAAGAAAAAUGGCUGCAGUGGAGCCAGUUCAGGGGCCGGUGACCUUCAAGGAGGUGGCUGUGUAUUUCACCAGGGAAGAGUGGGCUCUGCUGGACCCCACUCAGAGAGCUCUCUACUGGGAUGUCAUGCAGGAGAACUAUGAGAAUGUGACCUCUCUGGAGUUUCCAGUUUCCAAACCUGAUGUGAUGUCCCAGCUGGAACAAGGGGGAGAGUCAUGGGUCUCAGACCUCCAGGGUUCAGAGGAAAGAGAGAUCCUGAGAGCUCCCUGCAUAGGCCUGUAUCCAGGAACGUGAGGAGAGGUGGCGGCAGGAAGACCAGCAGGCGACUCAAACGCUGCUUGGACUCCUGAGGGAGCAAACGGACACGCUCCGGCGCCUUGUUGAUGUUCUGCAGGAACGGAGGCAGGAGGACAGAGCCCCGCUGCAGUCUAUCAGUAACCGCACUCCCCCGCCACCAAGUCCCAUACCCCCCUCGCCCAAAGUCCAAAGAAGGAGGGGCGGCAGAGUCCGUGAAAACUUUCACUCGACCCCUGCAGACUGCUCAAGCACCAGAAGGCUGUCAUUCCCCAAAAUUUGAAAAGUCCUUUCCUGCCCGCCUCACCCAAGCCCCCGUCCAAGUUUCACCCCCCAGUUUCAUGUGUGGUUGUUUAUAAAAAAUACGU